CCUGAAGUGUAACAGAGUUAAAAAUUAACAUUUAUACACUCUUUACCUGAUCUUAUAAUUAUUUAGUUCGCAAGAUAUUUUAUGUAGCUUGAUGUAUAUUUAACAGUUAAAUCAGAAGAGCCAUGGACAAUCUUGUCAAAUUAGUAGAAGAUUUGAAGAUUGCUGUGGAUGGAAGAAAAGGAGAUGAUGUUCCAAGCAUUCUGGACACUGUUUUAUCUCAAAUUGAUUCGGGAGAAAAAGAGUUGAAGAACGCUGGUGAUUUAGUGACACAGUUGGCAGCGCUGUUGGAAUGGGAGAAUACAGAUGUGGUUGCCAAGACUGCUGCUGUUGUGGCAGCACUGGCUAAGUCAGAGAGUGGCCGUAGUGCUUGCUGCCGUCAGACUGUCACCACUCUCUUACUAAGACUACUGUCAUCGCACACUGACAACAAGCUGCUUAUCCAGGCUUGUCGUGCUCUCGGAAACAUCUGUUAUGAAAACUCUGAGGGCAACAAACUUGUGGUGGAAGGCGACGGGCUUUCGGCAGUGUUGUGUGUGUUGCGACGUGCAGUUAGCCAACCUGACGAGCCUCAUGCUACACAACUGCGAGCUUGCUCGGCCGGCUGUCUACUUAACCUGCUCAUGGGACAGGACCAUCUUUACCCCAAGGCUCUAGACCUUGAUAUCAUGGAGCUGCUUUGCUCAGUUUUGGAGCUCGGAGUUACCAAGGAAGGAGAGGAAGCUGCUAUACAUACUAUGGUUAUACUAGGCCUUCUGACUGAUGCAGCUCCAGGCACACUGACCUUGAGUGAGAAGCUGUGUAACAUCACGGUGAAGACUCUAGAAGCCUCUACGUCCGGCGAACUGAGUGAACUCUGUGUAGAGUUACUACACACCCAGGCUGAGAACGAGAGUGUGAGGUUGCACCUUGCCAAAGCUGGACUGUGUGAGUUGUUGGUUGAUCUGUUGGAGAAACAUCGACCCCUCGUAGAAGACGAUGAGACCAGAAACCUACUGAAGAUGGCCUGCGAUCUCAUCAUAAUCAUACUUAACGGCGAUGACAGUAUGAACCUACUGUACAGUGAUGGUAAAGGAAAGGUCUUCCAGGGAAUGGUGAACUGGCUUGUGUCUACGGAUGACGACCUACAAAUCACUGGAGUGCUAGCAAUGGGCAAUUUUGCACGCACAGAUAAACACUGUUUGCAAAUGGUGGAUUUGGGAGUGAGCAAGAAACUUCUCUCUCUGCUGAAAAGGAACAAUGUUGUGUCUGCUGAUAUCCGACUGCAACACGCUCUUCUGAGUGCUCUUAGGAACCUUGUGAUACCUGUACAAAACAAAAGCAUAAUGUUGGCAGAAGGUUUACUGGAUGCGGUUCUGCCGAUGGUCUCAAUUCCUACUUUCCCAGUGGUCUUCAAACUGCUUGGAACCAUUCGUAUGGUUAUUGAUGGGCAAGAGAGUGCUGCAGUCAGUGUGGGUCGUAAUGCAGAGUUGGUGUCUAAGCUAGUGGAGUGGUGUACUACUGAAGACCAUCCUGGAGUACAAGGAGAAGCCAACAGACUACUUGCAUGGCUUAUCAAAAACAGCAGAGACAGGGAUGUGAUGGGUGUGAUGGUGCAGUGUGGGGCUGUUGCAAGGUUGGUAGCAAUGAUCACGGCAGAGCACGCUGUCAUGCAGACAGAGGCUCUACUGGCAUUGUCUCUACUGACGGCCAUGCGAAUGUCAGACGCUGAGCCGAGUCUGGUGUCGUGCAAUGUUGGUCAGCAGAUCGUCUCUCUCGUCACCUCCAGCCAGGUUCAACGGGAAGUCUUCCAAAAUGUUCUGGCGUUAGUCGGCACCAUGGUUACUUCAGGGGACAUGAAGAGGCAUCUCCACGACACAGGGGUGGCCAAGGCGUUGACUUCCACAGUGAUCAGUAGUGAGACGUUUGCCGAUCUACGUGACCAAGUGGCGCGACUCUCCUCCAUGAUCGACUCCGGUUGAGACGGUCGCACAGAAGACGUGGCUCCGACAAUAUCUUAGUCACAUUUCUGCUCACAGGUUAUGUUACUCCUCCAAGUACGGAUCCGAAGCUAUUACCCAAAGGUUUUAAUUAUAAGUUCGGUAAAAGUUGAACUUUGUCCCGACAUUAGUGAAUUUUAUCUUGUUGGUUCAAGUCUGAAUUCGGCUAUAUUUAAGUGUUUAGCUGAAAUUUAACUUUGUAGUAUUUUUUAAACUAAAUUCUUUAUUGGUGGUUUUCUUCUACAUUCUUGUAUUACCACCUAAUUUCCUUGUUGUAAUUUGUAUACUAGUAUGGUAUUUUAUUUAUCGAUCAAUAACAAGCAACAAAAUUUAAAAUUUACAAUUUUGGCUUCAACAUUUACAAAUGUAGUAAGUGUUGGAUUUUUCUGUCCGAAAUAAGUAUGGUAAUGCGCUAUUUUUUAUUUACAUUUUAAUCAUUACUUAUCAUAUAAUCAGUAAAUUGUAAUACUUUUCAUAUUUAUGUUAUAUGUUCAUACCUCUAUAAAACUAUGUUUUUGGAUACAUACCUAGAAUCUUGCAAAGCCUAGUGCCGAUUUCACCUGUGCCAAGUUACACAACAGGAUAAAUGUUAUUCACACGCAGAUACAACAUUUAACUAGAUAACACAAAUGUCAAAAUAAAAUUCAACCCCUCCGGUUGAUACUCAUAAAAUCUAUUAUGGCAAUAAUAUGAUACUAAGACACCGUAUUGAACUGUUUAUGUUGGGUGAAUGAAGAAGUAUGGAAUAAAUUAAGAUAAAGGUUUGCUCUCGUUAAGAAAUAGUCGAUACUCUAACCAAUAUAACUCUAAGAAACCCAAUAUCAUGAAUAGCUGCAUCCUGUUUCCAAUCAAAAGUGCUUUAAACUGUUAGGAUCAUAUUAGAUUAAAUUAUAUGAGAUUUGAUGGUGUAUUUAAAAUUAGGGUAAAUUUUUUAAAGGCAAAAAUUUGUGAACGAUUAGUAUUGAAUAAAUUAGAUAAUAGCUUUAACUAAAUGAUAAUAGCCUUGUAGAGGGCAAUACCAGCUUUUUUAUAGCCAGAAACGUUUAUUAAAACCCUGUCCAGUUUUCAACCAUGAAAAUGCCACAGGCGUCUGUCAGAAUUGAACUGGUGACCUCAUUAUUAUUAGGUGAGCUCUAAUGAUAGGCUGAAAAUAUCAUCAACAAAGACAAGAUCCAUGACUAAACUACUUCAAUGUGGAUUUAUUUGUAGAUCUUGUAGAGUAUGAGCAAUUAGGUGAUAAUUUGAUUUGAAUUUAGCUGGGAUCUAACAAAUAAGGAUCAUGCAUGGCAAACAGAAAUGUGUCUCAAGAUAUAUAAAUUUUACAUUUUACCACGUUAACAAUACUGUUAUUAUUCAGGUGUUAUCUCUUAAUAGAUCCUUUUUGCUAGUUCUUUGGCCUCUUAUUCUAGUCAUAAUAAAUAGUAAAUCUGCAUUUGUACAGGUUACCUUUUAUACUUCUAAAAGUAUUUGUUUUUAUCUUGUUUCAAUUUACUAAUAUCUUAUUUCCAAAGUAGGAAUAGAGAUGUGCGAGUAACCAAAAUUUCAAAUUAUAGUUUGGCAUUACAGCUUAAAAUAAUUGAAAAUGAGUUUACAGCCAAAGAAAAAAAAACCAUUUUUUUCAUAAUAACUGAAUCAGCCUACUUUUACUCUUUAAAAUUAGCUGAUAUAACUAUAAAUUUAUAUUUCUAAGUACUGUAUUAUGUAAAUAUGAAAAUUGGAAAAUUUUAUAAUACUACAAAAAAACCGAAUGGUUGGGUCUUGAAAUUAAAUGGUAAGUAAAUUUUAUGUCGGACAUGGGAAUAAAAUUUACAUGUUAGAGAAUUGAAUAUAACUAAAGCCAGACAAAAGGCCAUCUUAAAAAAUUAUUGAGGGGGGGGGGGUUACAACAAUUUUAAGACCUCACAAAUAGCCUCUACACAUCACAAAAACUGUCGUACUUCUCUUUUACUUUAGAUUAUAACUCAUGUCUGAUGUGACAUAUUUCAAUACUCUGGAUGCUACAGUCAAAGGAAUGGUCAUUUCUAGAAUACCAUCUCCUUAAAUAGAUAAAGGAGAUCGCCCGACAGUAAAAAUCAAUAGAUGAAAAGGAAAUUGACAACUUAUUAAUGGGCUUAUUAACAUAUUUCCACACAUCGAAUCAUACUAAUGUCAAUCAGCCUGUUAAAGAGAUUAUUUGGAAACAUCCAGAGUUAUCUCUUCCAACAAUGUGCAAUGUGUUCAAGACAGAAUAAAUAUCAAUAGUAAAAACGUAAAAAGAUGUUCUUACAAUUUGAUAAAAAAAACAAACAGUAUACACUUAAUGCAGUAUACACUCAUGAAUUAGUGAAAAAUUAACCUUUUGUUAAUCUCAGAAGUAUAAUCUCUUUUAGAUAAUAUUGCAGUAUUGUCUGUCAAUUGUCAGUGCUUGUUCAGUGUUAUACAGUCAGUUUUACAAGUAUUUUACUAUUAAUUUUGUAAAUAAAUUUGCUUUAACUUGUACUUCAACCGCUGUAGUUUUGGGACCAAUCUCUGAAGCAAGUUAUGUUUAUGUUUAACUAUACACUAAACUAGAUUUUUAAUUUUUACCAUUCGUAAUAUCUUUAUUUUUUAGCCAGAGUUGCAGUUAAGAUUUAGAAGAAAUAAUGUUCAAGGUGAAAAAUUAAGAAAUUAAAUAAUUAUGUUAGCAAUUAAUACAUUAAAAAACUGUAGGUUACGAGUAUGUCAAUUUGUUGAUUGCCCAAAAUGUGUGUAGCAGAUUUUAAAUUUAUUCUCACCAUCUUGUUAAAACCUUAGAUUGGAUUAGUUUAUUAAUUGACAUCUUAGAUGGACAAAUCUGGAUAGUACAUAAAAUAAAAUAAUGUACAUAAAUAAAAAUGGAAAGUAUUGAGAAUGCAUUGUACAAAUAAUUAAACUAAUUUAAAAACAAAUUGGAAAUGAACAAACAGUUUAUUUUUUGCUUCAGUUGAGAGUUACACAAACUACAUACAACUUGCAACGUUACAAAGAUCAUCGAUAUGUUCAAAGAAAGAAGUGAAACAUUUUUUGAGACCACAAUUUAAUAUACAGAUUCAAAAACAUAACGAUAGAUUUGAUCAAAUUUGAGCAAUUAACUGUAUACUAUCUUAUAAAAUAUUGAUCUAUAUCCAAAAUAUUUGUAUAUAGGAUGAUUGUUUCAAAUAAUUAAAAACUUUGUAAAAUUUGAUAACGGUAAUAUUAAUUAUCAAUAUUUUAUUUAGUCACAGUUACAUUGUCAUUAAGAUUUUGAGUUCCUAAUUAGUCAAGCGUAAAUAUUUGUAUUGUAUUUUUACGAAUAAGUAAGUAUUAUAUUUGUGUUUUCAUAAGCUAGACGUUUCAAAUUGUAUUUGCUAGAUUACAGUGAUAUUGCAAUAAUUGCUUAGCCAAGCAAAAAGCUAAAAUAGACUUGUAUAUCGGUAAUGAGUAUUUAAAAUGUUAAUGGCUAUUGUUGAUCAAGUAAUUUUAAGUCUAAAUGUUAGCUCUCCAGUGUUUAACAAACCAUUUUUCUGAAUCAUUAAAUAUGUUGUUAAAUAAAACUGCAAA